GAGAAAAAAAAAGCCGGCCACCUCUAUGUCUAUGUUCUACACCUUUACACAAAUUCAUUUUAGCCCCUCACUGCUGUCACAAAAUUCCCUUUAUUUUUUUCUUUUCCUAUCCCCUCUCUCUCUCCACACCCCAAACCCCAAAUUUCUUUAUAAAUACACAGAAAGAGAGUGAGUGAGUUGUGUGUGUGUUGAGUCAGUGGUCACUGGGGUGGCUUCAAGUUGAGUGAGUGAGUUAGUUAUGAUGUUGGAGAUUGGUUCCAUGUGGGUGGUGGUGGUCCUUAUUGUGGCCAUUGCUGCUACUCUUUUGGCUCUAAGAUCUAUCCUCAAGAAUGUUAAUUGGUGGCUCUAUGAAUCCAAUUUGGGUGUGAAGCAGUACUCUCUGCCCCCAGGUGACAUGGGUUGGCCCUUCAUUGGCAACAUGUGGUCCUUCCUCAGAGCUUUCAAGUCCAAGGACCCUGACUCCUUCAUCUCUUCCUUUGUCUCUAGGUAUGGACGAACUGGAAUGUACAAGGCCUUGAUGUUUGGAAACCCUAGUGUAAUUGUUACAACACCUGAAACAUGCAGAAGGGUGUUGACAGAUGAUGAUAAAUUCACAACUGGUUGGCCUCGUUCUGCCAUAGAGCUUAUUGGAAAGAAGUCAUUUAUUUCAAUGUCUUAUGAAGAACAUAAGCGCCUUAGGCGUUUGACAUCUUCUUCAAUCAAUGGCAUGGAAGCAUUGUCCCUAUACUUGACAUAUAUUGAAAAAAACGUGAAAAGUUCAUUGGAGAAAUGGGCAAACAUGGGACAAAUUGAGUUUUUAACUGAGAUCAGGAAGCUUACUUUCAAAAUCAUUAUGCACAUUUUCCUUAGCUCAGAAAGUGAACCUGUUAUGGAGGCUUUGGAGAGGGAGUACACAACACUUAAUUAUGGUAUUAGAGCCAUGCGAAUUAAUGUUCCCGGAUUUGCAUACUACAAAGCAUUCAAGGCAAGGAAAAAUCUUGUGGCCAUAUUCCAAUCCAUUGUGGAUGAGAGAAGAAACAUAAGGAAAGGAUAUUUGUCUGGAAAAGCCAAAGAUAUGAUGGAUUCUCUGAUAGAUGUUGAAGAUGAUGAUGGAAGAAAGUUGAAAGAUGAGGACAUCAUUGAUAUCAUGUUAAUGUACUUGAAUGCGGGCCAUGAGUCUUCAGGACAUAUUACCAUGUGGGCAACCUAUUUCCUGCAAAAGCACCCGGAAUAUUUCCAGAAGGCUAAGGCAGAACAAGAAGAAAUAGUAAAGAAAAGGCCUCCAACACAGAAAGGGUUGACACUAAAGGAAAUUCGGGAGAUGGAUUUUCUGUACAAGGUUAUUGAUGAAACAAUGCGUGUGAUUACAUUCUCCCUAGUCGUCUUUCGGGAGGCAAAAACUGAUGUCAAUAUCAAUGGAUAUACCAUUCCAAAAGGUUGGAAAGCACUUGCGUGGUUCAGGUCAGUUCACCUUGAUCCAGAAAUAUAUCCUAAUCCAAAGGAAUUUAAUCCGUAUAGAUGGAAUAAAGAACACAAGGCUGGAGAAUUCCUUCCCUUUGGAGCAGGAAGUAGAUUGUGUCCUGGGAACGAUCUUGCCAAGAUGGAAAUAGCAGUUUUUCUUCACCAUUUCAUUCUGAAUUAUAGGUUUGAACAGCAAAAUCAUAAUUGCCCUGUGAGAUAUUUACCGCAUACAAGGCCCAUGGAUAAUUGCUUGGGAAGGGUCAAGAAAUGUUCAACUAUAUCAACCUAAGAGCACAUGAUUAUGAUUUUUCUUUCUUUUUUUUUUUUUUUUAAAUACACCUUCAUCCAUUAAUAAUAUACCUCUCUUUUCUCA